AUGGAGCCAGGAAACCUGACCUGGGUAUCAGAGUUUGUUUUCCUGGGGUUCUCACGGAUGUGGGAGCUCCAGGUUUUCCUAUUUGUGGUGUUCCUGUUUGUGUACACCACCACUGUUGUGGGAAAUCUCUUAAUUGUGGUCACAGUGACCUCAGACUCCAAGCUCCACACACCCAUGUACUUCCUGCUGAGAAACCUGGCUAUCUUAGACCUCUGUUUCUCGUCAGUCACUGCCCCAAAGAUGCUGAUGGACUUCCUCUCUGAGAAGAAGACCAUCUCCUACCAAGGCUGCAUGGCCCAGCUCUUCUUCUUCCACUUUCUGGGAGGUGCCAUGGUCUUCUUCCUGUCUGUGAUGGCUUAUGACCGCCUGGUGGCCAUCUCCCGGCCCCUCCACUAUGUCACCAUCAUGAACACUCAGCUCUGUGUGGGGCUGGUGGUGACAGCCUGGAUGGUGGGUUUUGUCCACUCCAUCACCCAACUGGUGCUGAUGCUCCCAUUGCCAUUUUGUGGCCCCAACAUCCUGGAUAACUUCUACUGUGAUGUCCCACAAGUGCUGAGACUGGCCUGCACUGACACCUCCAUCCUGGAGUUCCUCAUGAUCUGCAACAGCGGGAUGCUGGACGUCAUCUGGUUCAUACUGCUCCUGGUCUCCUACUCCAUCAUCCUGGUGAUGCUCAGGUCCCACUCAGAGCAGGCCAGGAGGAAGGCGGCUUCCACCUGUACCACCCACAUCAUCGUGGUGUCGAUGGUGUUUAUUCCAAGCAUUUACCUCUAUGCCCGGCCCUUUGUCUCCUUCUCUCUGGACAAGGCUGUGUCGAUCAGCCACACAGUCAUGACCCCCAUGCUCAACCCUAUGAUCUACACCCUGCGGAACCAGGAGAUGCAGGCGGCACUGAAGAGACUAGGGAGGCGCCGGCUGGCUGGUAGAAUCGAGUGA